AUGCGGGUACUUCUCUCUGUCCCACUCUCCGCGUCGACGGCGCAGGCUGCGUUGCAGAAGGGUCUCCUGUCGCAGCACCACAACGUGUUCUUCACAAGCGACCCGCAGGGCUCUCACCUUGGGUCCGGUGCGGGAACGGCGUGGCUGCUGGAGGCGUGCUACCGCGCAGAUCAGAACGACGAAGAGAAUCACAACAACAACAACACGGGCAGUCACGAGACAGCCAGCUUCCUGCGCUGGCUGGCGCGCGAGCCGCGCAUCAUUGUGCACAGUGGUGGCCAGAGCCGCCGCCUGCCGGCAUAUGGGCCGUGCGGCAAAGUGUUGGCGCCUAUCCCUGUGUUUCGCUGGUCUCGCGGCCAGACAUGUGAGCAGACGCUGCUCGACCUCCAGAUGCCGCUCUAUAAAGAGGUGAUGCGGCGCGCCCCGCCACACCUGCGCACACUUGUGUCGUGCGGUGACGUUCUUAUCCUGCGGGGCCAGCCGCUUCCGCCGGUCCCACACGACGCGGACGUGGUCUGCUACGGCAUCCAGAAGGAGACUGACAUGCUGAGGAGGCACGGCGUCUUUUUCAUGAACCGAGAGACGCCGGAGGAACUGGAGGUGAUGCUGCAGAAGCCAUUAUUGCAGGAGAUCAAUGAGUUCUCGGCAAAGCGGCAGUGCGUGAUGGACAUUGGCCUCUGGUUGCUGAGCGACCGCGCGGUGGAGGUGCUGCGCCAGCGUAGCAUGGAAAGGAGCGGCGUGGAUCAGCCGCAGAGUGCGUGUGGCUGGAGGGAGUACGACUUGUACAGUGACUUCGGCGCGGCGCUCGGCCACCGACCCCUGCGUGACGAUCCGCUGGUGCGGCAGCUUCGUGUCAAGGUGGUCACGCUGCAUGAGGCGCGCUUCUUCCACUACGGCACAACGACGGAGCUAAUUGAUUCGACGUUUGUGAUACAGAACACGGUGCGGGAUGACGACAGCCUGCUGCAGGCAAUGGUAUCCUGCCACCCGAGUGUGUUCUGCCAGAACGCCUGCAUCCGCGCCCCCAUUAUCGAGGAUCAGCGGCAGCUGUGGAUUGAGAACAGCGAGGUGUCAGCGGGUUGGUCGCUGCAGCACCAGUCCGUCAUCACCGGCGUGCCGCGUAACGAGUGGAAGCUGCACGUACCGGCCCGCACCUGCGUUGAUGUCGUGCCGGUGCGCCAGGGCGGUGUGCGUGGGUGGGUGGCGCGCCCGUACGGCUUCAACGACGUCUUCCACGGCCUCACCAACGACGAGCACACGGAGUUUCUUGGGUUGCCGCUCACGCAGUGGCUGCAGGAGCGCGGUCUCUCCCUUGACGCCCUCGCAGCGGGGAAGCCGGCGGUGGACAUUCAGUACGCCGCACUGUUCCCGUGGUGUGCGAGUGUGGAGGACCUCGGCCUCGUGCUGCGCUGGAUGAUCGCCGCCAACGUCGCCUGCGACAUGGAGCCGGGCGACGCGGCGCAUGCAAAGCGCAUAUGGGAGGCGAGCACGCGCUACUCUGCGAACGACCUGAACGAUGUGGCGGACGUUGCGGCAGUGCUGGAGUCCCGCGAGGCGUUUCGGCGCGAGGUCCUCCCCGUCAUGGCGGCGCACGCGCACAGGAAUCCAUUCUACCAGCUCGACCUGAACCACACGGCGCAGAAGUACGCCGCUGCACACCUGCCGCUGCCUGAAAGACUCUCCGCUGACGAGGCGCCCAUGAUGCAGCGCAUCCACCACCACAUGUUCUGCGCGCGCGUGCUGCAGUACCUCCUCGCCCUCCUCCCAAAGGAUGCCUGCCCCGCGCGUGGGACUCGGUUGGCGGAGGUGGCGAUGACAACAAGUGAUGAAGCGGAAGGCGGCGGGAACUGCCUGCCGCCGCUGCUGCAGGGCGCCACGAUGACGCCCGAGUUGCUGCUCAGUGUGUAUGGCAUCGCAAGCAAAGAGGAGCUUGUCGCCCGCGCUGGAGAGGAGGAGGCGGCGGCGUUCAUGCUGCUGCAAAAGGCGAUCUUGAAGCACCUCAUCGCCAGUACCGUACGGCCAUCCCCGCGGCUGUCGGUGUACAGCGAUCAAAUCGUGUGGGGCAGAGGCCCGGCGCGCAUUGACCUCUCCGGCGGUUGGACUGACACGCCGCCGUACAGCAUUCUGUGUGGUGGUAACGUUGUCAACAUCGGCAUCAACCUCAAUGGCCAACCGCCGCUGCACGUGUACGUGAAGUCGUCCCCCACACCCAGCAUCACGCUCCGCUCCAUCGACCUUGGCGCGGCGGAGACGCUCUCGACGUACGAAGAGCUGCGGCGCUACGACAUGGUGGGCUCGCCCUUCUCAAUUCCCAAGGCAGCACUCGCGCUGGCCGGGUUUCUCCCGGAGUUCGGCGCGAUGGCGUAUGGCACACUAGAGGAACAGUUACAGACGUCAUUUUGCGGCAAAGGGCUGGAGAUCACGCUGCUCGUUGCGAUCCCGGCGGGGUCUGGGCUCGGCACGAGCUCUCUCGUCGCCGCCACGGUGCUGAGUGCGCUGUCGGACUACUGUGGUCUCGGCUGGGACGCGCACGAGGUGGGCCGCCGCACACUCGCCCUCGAGCAGCUGCUCACGACGGGCGGCGGCUGGCAGGACCAGUACGGUGGCCUCUUCCGCGGCCUCAAGCUGCUUCAGUCGACGCCGGGCUUUUCGCAGAGCCCAACGGCGCGCUGGCUGCCGGAGCACCUGAUGGAGGACGCACGCUACGCGCAGUGCCAUCUGCUGUACUACACCGGCAUAACACGCACUGCAAAGGUGAUUCUCGCAGAUAUUGUGCGAGGGAUGUUCCUCAACAGCGCGUCGCAUCUUGGCGUGUUGGCCGAAAUGCGCCAGCAGGCGCUCGACCUUCACGACGCCAUGGCCCAUGAUGACUUUGAGCGCUACGGCAAACUCAUUGCCGCGGCGUGGGACCAAAACAAACGCCUGGAUGCUGGUACGUGCCCGCCGCCCAUUGCGGAAAUCAUCUCGCGUGUGGAGAAGUACGUGUGGGGCCUGAAGCUUGCCGGCGCGGGUGGCGGCGGCUAUCUUUACAUGGUGGCGAAGGACACUGAGGCGGCGCGUUGCAUUCGGGAGGAACUGACGGAGCAUCCGCCAAACGCCACCGCGCGCUUUGUGGAGAUGAGCGUAUCACACGAGGGCAUUCAGGUGAGCCGCUCAUGA